UUUUAUACAAGAAACAGUUCCCAGUUUUUUUGGGCCAUUAUUUCCUCACCAGCCUCCUAAGAAAUUGAAUUUGAAUUUGAAUUCUUCACUUUAAUUAUUACCUUUGUGAUAAGAAUACAGAUCAUAAGUGUAAAAAGAAAAUGCCUCAGCUGCUACAUGGGAUGCUUAGAGUAACCAUAGGUGAAGUUGACAGGUUGCAAUCCGGAAUUAGUUUGGCUUUUUGUCACAAGGGCACAACACACAAGGGGAAGAGAAUUCUGGCCCAAGUCAAAGGUUGUCUCUUGUGCCGGCCUGAGAUUGUUGGAACAAGACUCUAUGCAACAGUUGAUUUAGAUAAGGCAAGGGUUGGACGAACGAGAAUGAUAGGGAACCAACCUUCAAAUCCCAAAUGGAACGAAACCUUUGAAAUUUAUUGUGCUCAUUACAUAUCAAACCUUGUAUUCACUGUCAAAGAUGAUAAUCCAAUUGGAGCAACUCUAAUUGGAAGAGCUUACAUCCCUACCCAAAAAGUUCUCAAAGGACAUAUAACUGACAGAUGGCUUGAGAUAUUAGACGAAGAAGAUCAUCGCCCUGUACCAGGUGGUCCUAAAAUUCGUGUUAGUAUGCAUUUCAUUAGUGUCACUGAGGACAGCACAUGUCUUUGGUCUCAGGGAAUACACCUGCCAUUUUUGGGAGUUCCGCGAAUAUUUUUCAACCAAAGACAGGGUUGUAGUGUAACUUUAUACCAAGAUGCUCAUGUUCCUGAUAGUAUUGAUAGUAUUUAUCCGUGGAUUCCGAUAUCUGGAACAAAAUCUUAUGUUCCUGGAAGAUGCUGGGAAGAUAUUUACAAUGCAAUUAUGGAUGCUAAACACUUUAUUUACAUAACAGGUUGGUCUGUUCAUACUGAAAUAACCUUGAUUAGGGACCCAAAAAAGUCAACAGAAACUAGAGUCACACUUGGAGAAAUGCUAAAGAGAAAAGCCGAUGAAGGUGUUAAUGUUCUUAUCCUUGUUUGGGAUGACAGAACCUCUGUUCCAGGUUUCAAGGAGGACGGUUUGAUGGGAACACAUGAUCAAGAAACUGCAUAUUACUUUAGAAACACAAAGGUACAUUGCGUUUUAUGUCCGCGUAAUCCUGAUGGUGGACGAAGCAUAGUUCAAGGUUUUCAGAUUUCAACAAUGUUUACUCAUCACCAGAAGACUAUAAUUGUUGAUGGUCAACAUGUUGAAGGUCAUCAUGUUGAUGGUCAAGAUGUAGAUGGUCAUCUUGUUGAUGGUCAUCAUGUUGAAGGAUCAAAGAAGCGAACCGUUAUCAGUUUCGUAGGCGGACUCGAUCUAUGUGAUGGGAGAUAUGAUACCAUGGAACACCCUUUGUUUUCAACAUUGAAUACAGUUCAUCAUGAUGAUUUUCAUCAGCCUAAUUUCCCAGGUGCUUCUAUUAAGAAAGGCGGUCCUAGAGAACCAUGGCAUGAUAUUCAUUGUAAGCUAGAAGGACCUGUUGCAUGGGAUGUGUUGUACAAUUUUGAGCAAAGAUGGGAAAAGCAAGUUGGGAAGAAAUUCCUAUUACCAAUUGAAUUUCUUGAUAGAAUUCUAAUCCAUCCUUCUGAUGCAAUGAUAUCGGAAAAAGAUGGAGACACUUGGAGUGUUCAGUUGUUUAGGUCCAUUGAUGGUGGUGCUGUUUCUCACUUCCCUCAAGCACCAAAUGAAGCUAUUGAAUUAGGACUUGUUAGUGGAAAAGAUAACAUCAUUGAUAGAAGCAUUCAGGAUGCCUACAUAAACGCUAUUCGACGAGCCAAAAACUUCAUCUACAUUGAAAAUCAGUAUUUCCUAGGGAGUUCUUAUGGUUGGAAAUCAUCUGAUAUAAAAGUUGAAGACAUCGGCGCUUUGCAUCUCAUACCAAAGGAACUGUCAUUGAAGAUUGUUAGUAAGAUCGAAGCGGGAGAGAGGUUUGUUGUGUAUGUGGUGAUACCAAUGUGGCCAGAAGGUAUACCUGAAAGUGCAUCAGUACAGGCGAUAUUGGACUGGCAAAGAAGGACCAUGGAGAUGAUGUAUUCUGAUAUCGCUGAUGCCAUAAAAAAGAAGAAUAUCGAAGCUCACCCUCACCCUCGUGAGUAUUUGACAUUUUAUUGCCUUGGCAAAAGGGAGAGUAAGAAAGAUGGAGAGUAUACUCCUCCAGAGGAACCAAAGCCUAACACUGACUAUCAUCGCGCACAGAAGUCGAGAAGGUUCAUGAUCUAUGUUCAUUCCAAGAUGAUGAUAGUGGAUGAUGAAUACAUACUGAUUGGUUCAGCAAACAUAAACCAAAGAUCAAUGGAUGGUGGAAGAGACACCGAGAUAGCAAUGGGAGCAUUCCAACCGCAUCAUCUAGCAUCGAUUGGGCCACAAAGACCACAAGGUCAAAUCUACGGGUUCAGAAGAGCAUUAUGGUAUGAACAUAUUGGUGGUAACAAUGAUGAUUUUGAUGAACCUGAAAGUUUGGAUUGUGUGAGACUUGUGAACCGCGUUGCUGAGAGAAACUGGAAGUUAUACUGUGACGAUACAUUGGAUGAAAGUGAAACUACUCAUCUUUUGAGGUAUCCUGUUGAAGUGGGAGAAGAUGGAAGUGUAACAUCAAUUCCAGGGAUGCAGUAUUUUCCUGAUACUAAGGCUUUGAUUGUUGGUUCGAAAUCUGAAUUGCUUCCUCCAAUUCUUACCACUUAGGUAGAUAUAGCAUAGUGGUUGAUUGGGGAAUAUUGUCAUACACCUGUUGUGCAUAAUCAUGAUGAGUGAAAAUUAUAACAACUUUCAACUUUUAUGAUGUGGUGCAAUAAAUCUAAAAUGCAAGUAUCUUGGUAAAUACUAGUAAAAAUUGAAAUUUAUGACUAAGGACUUAUUGUAUAAUGCCUCAAUCCACCAUCCA